AUGGGCUUCUUGAAAUUCUUCUCGUCCAAAAGGUCGUCUGACAAGCCAUCAAAUGGAAUCAAGGCGCAGGCAUAUGAUGCUACGACUGCUUCUCUUCCCCCACUUCUAGGAACUUACCCGGUUGCCGGCAAUGGACCAACCAAUGUCUUCGAGGACCUCCAACGGUCUCACCAUAAGAUGAGCGAAACCAACUUGUCUCUCGCAGCGGGCUCCGAGGCUUCUGCCCCAGCACCGCCCGUUUUACGAUUCCGCGAUUCCAGCGUCGAGCGCCCAAGUUCUGCCCCAGGUAGUGCCGUACCUCCAAGCUUUUCACCGUCUCCGUCGGGUCGUUGGGGAAGAGACUCGUCGAGGGGUCCGCCUUUGUCAUUUAGGAAACCACGGAUCGGGUCACUUACAUCGACGACGUCAGGUCUAUCGGGUCUGUCCCCCGCUCCAAAACGAAGCAGCAAUUCUCCAGCAAUACCGUUCGAGGGAGAGCCGUUUCGCCCACCAACUGCUCCUUUCACACAUAACCGGCACCUUUCUAUGCAAAGCACAAGCACGGCUGCAGUCAGAGGCUUCAUCGAUCUCCUCGAUGCGCAAUCCGAAAUCAAGCCUUCUGGAUUUCAGAGCCGGGUCAAGGCGUCAGGCGCACGGGAUUACGGGGAAGAUGUUGCAGACCGCAACAUUGGCGAGAAUGGAGUAGACCUCGAGUCCGACAAAGUCCAGGCAUUUUACGCAACAAACGGUGGCAGUCCGCGAGAUCGACACAACGGCGCGUUUGCGGCUCCAGCGAGGGCCCAUUUUGGAGACAAAGAACAAACGUUUAAGCCUCCCCGACGCCACGAUUCCCUGGACAACGAGGCCCGCACAAAGUCUUUGACGUCGGCGAGCCUCGGCCAGGUACCAUUCCGAACUAAUAUGUUCAAUCCCGAGAGCUCCCUUAGCCGCGAGCCAAUAAUGGAGUCUGUUUCAGAGACGAUUCGCGGCCGUCGAAGGCAAUCACUAGGUGCCUACAUUCCUACGACGCCAUCGGAUGCGGCGACGGGUAGAGCGCUGAGUCUUCGGAAAUCGACAGCCGAUGCCUCUGGAUCCCCAAGUACUCGACAACGCAAGCGGCGAUCUACCCUCGGCGGUGAAGCGCCGCUGAACGAAUUAGGCAUUUUCACAUCCCGAGGCGGGCCUAUCGAUUCGUCGUUGUCGCCAAAGACGACCCAGAAGCCAACGUUCUUGGUCAAGCACAACUACUCGUUACCGGUUCAGCAACGCCCGAAGACUUCUUCAGGUCUCGUCCAUACCGAAUCAUACCAGGCGGUGAGGCCGCCAUCCCGCGGAGGGUCAGUAGCCAAUCCCACACCCUCCUCCCCAACCCAGAAGUCGCCAUCCAAACGGCACACCCUUUCCGCGAUAGGCGGUGCUGCAUCAUCUACCCGCUCUACCGAGUGGCCGCGGAAUGCGAAGCCUGACGGAGCGUCCGACAGAAGAGGAUGGGUCGGCCGAGUUGAGGUUGAGAGCUUUGUUGAUUCUGCGGAUGUGUCCUCACCGGCGCCUUCACCUCUGCCUGCUAACAUGCUUCGCGUGAAAGAUGUGAUGAGAAGUGGCCACUCGUGGCGUGAAACGCUGGAUGAUUCUUAUCUACGGUCCAAGAGUAACGGGACACUGUUCGGCAAGGGCAAGCUGGACGAGAUUCACGAACACGUGCCGAUGCGGACGAGUAGUCUCCGGCACUGGUCUAUUUCGUCAGCGACGCCCACCAUGUCGAGUACCAGCUCCUUUCAACGACCUCAUUCUCGACAAACGACGACGACAACCGUCGAUCUAGCUACCCUGUCGUCCUUUAUCAACGACAGUCGCAGCUCCUUGCACAGUGGCACGGGCGACCACGCGUCAUUCUGCACGGCGCUGGAGAGUGCGCUGCCUUCGCCGACUACUCUUGCAAAGCCUGGAGACGGAUUCAACAUUGACGAUUACUUGUCGUCAGACGAUGAUAUCGAUGCCGACUCGUUCAUCACCACGCGCAAACGUGAUUCAGCACACAGCGGCGGUCACGAGGAAGGCCUCCUCUUUUGUGAUGAAGGGUACGGCGAAGGCGGCCUGCAGUUGCCGGGCCUCUUUGACAGCCUGUCCAACAUUCCGGACCCCGAUACCACGUCGCCAGAGCGGUAUGGUCACAAGUACUCGCUCAGUAAUCCCGGAGGCCGUCUGCACCGGAGGUUCUCUUUGGACCCUAGGAUCGAAGCGCCAAUCUCUACUCUUGAUGAAGACGAUGAUGCCGAGGACGAGGAUGAGGACGAUGGUCUAUAUGACAUCCCCAUGCGAUCGGACUUGGCUCUCGGGCGCCGGGGGACGAGAAGGAUCUCGGCGCUGGGGACUAUGUACCAGAGCAUUGAGGAAGAAAAGGACGAGAAAGUCGACGCUCGGGCUGCUGUUCGGCUUCGUAAGGAAGAUAAGGCGCGGCAGCGGGCGUUGGCUAGGUUCAGCAAGGUGCAGCGCAAGAAGGUGUUGCACGUGGAGGGGAAGCAGGGCGGUCAGUGA